AUGAACGGUGCCCAAUUUACAGACCGCGCCAACAAGGCCUUGUUGGAUUCCAACGCCCUGGCCGAACAAUAUGCCCACUCUCAAAUCCUCCCUCUCCAUCUGGCAGUCUCACUGCUUAACCCCCAAGAAGAGUCAGAACAGGCCCCUGUAGGCCAUUCUUCACAUGGCGACUCAUCUGCACCAUUGUUCCGUCAGGUUGUAGAGCGUGCGCACGGUGACCCCCAACUUUUGGAUCGGUCAUUGAUGAAGCUAUUGGUUCGCAUGCCCAGCCAGAACCCUCCACCAGAAACAGUCAGCGUUUCCCCACAGCUCGCCAAGGUUAUUCGGAAAGCCACCGAUUUGUCCAAGACACAGAAAGAUAGCUUUGUAGCUGUCGAUCACUUGAUUCAGGCCGUCGCACAGGACAGCCAAGUAGAACGAGCGCUCGCCGAUGCCAAUAUUCCCAAGCUCAGUUUGAUCGACGCCGCCGUUCAACAGAUUCGCGGCACUAAGCGGGUGGACUCCAAAACGGCCGAUGCCGAAAGCGAAAAUGAAAACCUCAAGAAAUUCACCAUCGACAUGACUGCCCUUGCUCGCGAGGGUAAGAUCGACCCUGUUAUUGGACGUGAAGAGGAAAUUCGCCGAGUCAUUCGAAUCCUCAGUCGUCGUACCAAGAACAACCCCGUUCUGAUUGGUGAGCCCGGUGUGGGUAAGACUACCAUUGUCGAAGGUCUUGCUCGCCGUAUUGUAAACGCCGACAUUCCAGCCAACCUUGCUCAGUGUCGGCUGCUCUCCCUGGAUGUCGGCUCCUUGGUUGCUGGCAGCAAGUACCGUGGUGAAUUCGAAGAGCGCAUGAAGGGUGUGUUGAAGGAAAUCGAAGAAUCCAAGGACCCCAUAGUUUUGUUCGUCGAUGAAAUCCAUCUCCUCAUGGGUGCUGGAUCCAGCGGCGAUGGUGGCAUGGACGCUGCCAACCUCCUCAAGCCUAUGUUGGCACGUGGUCAAUUGCACUGCAUUGGUGCCACAACGCUGAGCGAAUACCGAAAGUACAUUGAGAAAGAUCAGGCUUUCGAGCGACGAUUCCAGCAAGUCUUGGUCAAGGAGCCCACAGUCACCGAGACCAUCUCCAUCCUUCGCGGUCUGAAAGAAAAGUACGAAGUUCACCACGGUGUCAACAUUCUUGACGGUGCCAUCGUCGCUGCCGCUACUCUUGCCUCGCGCUACCUGACAGCUCGUCGCCUUCCUGACUCAGCUGUCGACUUGAUCGAUGAAGCUGCCGCCGCUGUCCGAGUCACCCGCGAGUCCGAACCAGAGGCGCUGGAUACCCUUGAGCGAAAGCAUCGUCAACUCCAAAUUGAAAUUCACGCUCUGGAGCGUGAGCAGGAUGAUGCCUCCAAGGCCCGUCUCGAGGCAGCCAAGCAAGAAGCUGCCAAUGUCGCGGAGGAACUACGCCCCAUGCGUGAAAAAUAUGAAAACGAGAAGUUGCGCAGCAAGGAAGUUCAAGACGCCAAAAUCAAACUUGACUCCCUCAAGGUCAAGCGAGAUGAAGCUGAGCGCAUGGGUGAUACUCAAACUGCUGCCGAUCUUGAAUACUACGCCAUCCCCGAAACCAAGAACCUUAUCGCGCGGCUCGAGGCUGAUCGAGCCCGCGCUGAUGCCGAACGCCGCGCCAACAGCGGCGAUGGCGGCGAAGCCUUGCUAGCUGAUGCUGUUGGUCCCGACCAGAUCAACGAGAUUGUCGGUCGAUGGACCGGCAUUCCUGUCACCAGACUUAAGACAACCGAGAAGGACAAGCUACUCAACAUGGAGAAGCACCUGGCCAAGCUUGUGGUGGGCCAAAAAGAGGCUGUCGUCUCUGUCUCCAACGCAAUAAGACUGCAGCGCUCAGGCCUGAGCAACCCCAACUCGCCUCCCAGCUUCUUGUUCUGUGGUCCUUCUGGUACUGGUAAGACACUUCUCACCAAAGCACUGGCUGAAUUCCUCUUCGACGAUCCCAAGUCGAUGAUUCGCUUCGAUAUGUCUGAGUACCAGGAACGUCAUUCGCUCAGCCGAAUGAUCGGUGCACCCCUGGCUAUGUCGGCCACGAUGCCGCUCAUGGACGAUGGUCGUAUCACCGACGGACAGGGCCGCAUCGUAGACGCUAAAAACUGCAUUGUCGUCAUGACCUCCAACUUGGGUGCUGAAUACCUUGCAAAUCCUACCACCAAGGAUGGCCGCAUCGACCCUCGAACUCGAGAGGCAGUCAUGGGCGCACUCCGCAACUAUUUCCUCCCGGAGUUCCUAAACCGUAUCUCCAGCACUGUUAUUUUCAACCGGCUCACCAAGAAGGAGAUCCGCAAGAUUGUUGACCUCCGUAUUUCUGAGGUUCAGAAGCGCCUCGAACACAACGGCCGCAAUGUUUUCCUCGAAUGUACUCCGGAAGUCAAGGAUUACCUUGGCGACGCGGGCUACUCCCCUGCUUAUGGUGCUCGUCCCCUUGGCCGUCUCAUUGAGAGGGAAGUUCUCAACCGCCUUGCUGUUCUCAUUCUGCGGGGUAGCAUCCGGGAUGGCGAGGUGGCUCAUGUCGUUUUGAUUGAUGGUCGCAUUGACGUUCUACCCAAUCACGAAAACAGUGACGACGAGGACGAAGAGAUGAUCGAUUCUGACGACUCCACCGCCGAGAUGGAGGACGUCCUUGAUGAAGAUCUUUACGAUGAUUAA